AAUAAAAAUAAAAAAACAAUUAUAUUGCGCAGCCCUCGUUUUGCCUAUAAUUUUCACGUUGUACAACACUAUAUCACAGUGAAAUUGUUAGCACUGAUGCAGAUUCACGUAUUUCGUUAUGGCAUUUUAAUAUAAACAAAAUAGUUGCCAAUUAUUUAUAAAAAAAAAACUCAGCACGCAGAGUUAAACCAAACGGUGACAUAACCCACUGUCGUUUUUGGGCCAAACACAAUAAGCUUAAAAGUGCAACACAAAGUUAAGGAGCAGAACAUUUUGACAGCAGGCGGAAAAUUUUCACAAAAGUUAAUAUGAAAUGGUCAUAAAGUCAACGUUACGCCAACGUUCUCUUGCAGACAGUUCUAUAAGCUUGCGCAGCACAGAGCAUUAAUUUACACAAAAGAAAAGUUUAAGAUUUACAAAUUUAGCUUAAGCCCUAAGUUAGUCCAAAAUUGCGAAGGUGGCUGAAGCGGCUCUGCAACGGCAGCAACAGGCAGCGGCUGGCGACGAUACAAUGCCCUCGGCCAUUAGUGGCGGUGCGCAUGGCCAGGUGCACAUACCAAGCAAUGAAGAAUGCGGUAUACGGGAUGUGUGGAAGCAUAAUCUUGAGGAGGAAUUUCGCACGAUACGCAAGGUUGUGCAAAAGUAUCAUUAUGUUGCCAUGGAUACAGAAUUUCCCGGCGUUGUGGCGCGACCUGUGGGUGAAUUUCGUUCAACUGCGGAUUAUCAUUAUCAAUUACUACGCUGCAAUGUGGAUCUGCUCAGAAUCAUACAACUGGGAUUAACGUUCAUGGACGAUGAUGGCAAAACACCUCCCGGUUACUCAACGUGGCAGUUCAAUUUUAAGUUCAAUUUAAGUGAGGAUAUGUAUGCGCAGGACUCCAUUGAUUUGCUGCAGAAUUCGGGUAUACAGUUCAAGAAGCAUGAGGAGGAUGGCAUUGAUCCCAUUGAGUUUGCUGAGCUACUUAUGAGUUCCGGCAUUGUUCUGAUGGAUAACAUCAAAUGGCUUUGCUUUCACUCUGGCUAUGACUUUGGCUAUCUGUUGAAACUGCUCACGGAUCAGAAUCUACCCGCAGACGAAGGCGAUUUCUUUGAGCUGCUGCACAUCUAUUUUCCAAAUAUCUUUGACAUCAAAUAUCUAAUGAAGUCCUGCAAGAACCUCAAGGGCGGCCUGCAGGAGGUGGCCGAUCAGCUGGAGCUGAGACGGGUGGGUCCACAGCAUCAGGCCGGCUCGGAUGCGCUGCUCACUGGCAUGGCCUUCUUCAAAAUGCGUGAGAUGUUUUUUGAGGAUAACAUUGAUCAUGCGAAGUACUCUGGUCAUUUAUAUGGAUUGGGCACGUCUUUUAUCGUGAAUGGCACCAACUUUCACGAAAGCAAUGGUGAGGCGAAUAGCGCUUCCUGAUUUACAUUGAUGAAAAAUACAGUCGUUCAAAAUAAGAAAUUCGAACAAGUGACAGAUGCAAUUUAAUGUGUUUCUGCCUCAACUUCAGUCAAUAAAGGAAGAAUUCACAUUCAGCAUCAACUAGAAACUUCAACACAAUUACGCAAUACAUUAUGAUAAUUGAGCAGAAGAAACUCUCUAUACUUUUUAAUUGAGAUUUCUAUCAGCCCUUUAUCGGUAAUCCAUAAAUGUCUACAAUAAAUUAAAAUCCAAAAAAUAAAUUAGAAUGUACUCUAAAUAUUAUAUACACAAAAUAUUGCAAAUUUAGAAACAUAGCAAAAACAAACUGUAGCAGAAACGUAUGUAUUUCAAAAUAUGAAUGUCUAAUUGUGUUACAAGUAUGCUAAAAGUAGUAAGCAACUAUAUAUAUACAUAUAAGUUAAUCUGUAAUUGUACUAUACCAAUCCAAUACACCUAAAGCA